GCACGAGUUCGAGAUGAGAUGAGAUGCGUAUGAAGAGGAAAACGUGUGUCGUGCUUCAGUCGCUGUAGUCUCUCAUGGCACGUGCACGGUAACAGUGUGGCUUCAGUGUGCUGGGAAACAGAUGGCGGCGUCGCGCGAGACUGGCGCCGCUGCGCAGGUGAGCGCUUUCUGUUCAACACGGAGGCAGCGGCGCGCGCGCACGCACCUGGCCGAGCCACGCUGACGCGGUCAUGCUUCUACUUGCCGCUUGAGAAACGCUGGCGCUACUUCGCCUUGUUUUUUUGGGGGGGAAUAAGAGAAUUCACACCGGAUAUAAUUCGAAUCGUUUUUAAGACAUUGAAGACGUUUUUUUUUUCUUCUUUUGUUUUGAGACGUUUGGACGCGGCAUCGAUGGAGAGGUGGGCGUUGUUUCUCGUGCUCGCGUGCGGCGCUUCACACUCCGCGCGCUCAGGCUGUGAGAAUCGUGUGUGUAAUCCUCGUAUGGGCAACCUGGCCGCCGGGCGCCCAGUGCUCACGGACACACAGUGUGGCUCACCUACACCAGAGUACUUAUGUAGCUUUGAAGAUGGCAGCUGCAUACCACAGUGUAAAGUGUGUCACCCUCAUGGUCACCCACCCACCUCCAUGACCGACUCGUCCUUCACACAGCCACCUACAUGGUGGCAAUCAGCCGGAGACGCUAUCACUGAAACAUUGCAGUUGGACCUGGAGGUGGAAUUUUAUUUUACUCACUUGAUUGUGAUCUUCCAUUCACCACGCCCUGCAGCAAUGACUGUGGAGUGUUCACGGGAUUUUGGGCAUACCUGGAGCACCCUGCACUCGUAUGCCCACAACUGCAGCUCUUGGUUUGGACUGAAAGAUGGUCAUGGCUGUACUGAGAAAUACUCAUCACCAAGACCUUGUAGAGGUGGAGAGGUUAUAUAUCGUGCUCUCUCCCCCUUGGGCGUAUUAGAACCCUACAGUGCAAAGGCUCGCACCCAACUUGGCAUUACCAACCUCCGAGUGCGCCUGCUGCAGCCCCAGCUGUGCCCAUGUCAGCUCAAAGAGAGUAACGCGCGCCUCCUUAGUGUCCCCUAUGCCAUCUCUGACUUCAUCUUGAAGGGAGCUUGCUUGUGCUAUGGCCAUUCUGAGCAUUGUGUGCCAGCCAGUGGCUACCCUGCCACACACAGUCAUGGCCAUUAUGUGGUGCAUGGCAAGUGUGUGUGUCGGCAUCACACUGCAGGUGAUCACUGUGAGAGAUGUGAUCGUCUCUAUAAUGACCGACCAUGGAGGGCAGCAAGUGGUCUAACUGGAGAAGCUCACCAGUGUGUUAAGUGCAAGUGUAAUGGACAUGCAGAGAGCUGCCACUUUGACAUAAGUGUAUGGCUGCGUUCUGGUCAGAGAAGUGGAGGUGUCUGUCACUGCCUGCACAAUACAACAGGUCGUCACUGUCAUCAGUGCAAAAUUGGCUUUUACAGACAUCCCGAAAGACCGUUGACUGCUGCCAACUCCUGUACACCUUGUUUGUGCGAUCGUGUCGGAACUGAGAGUUGUAAUCCUGCUAACGGGGACUGUAUCUGCAAGCCUGGUGUGGCCAGCCCGCUUUGUGACAAGUGUAUGCUGGGAUACUGGGGUUUCACCGAAUACGGCUGCAGACCUUGUCACUGUGCAGGUGACUGUGAUCCAUACACUGGAGACUGCAUGAUGGGGUCCGAUCCUGAUCACAACAACAGCAUAUUUCGAGUGGAGGAACUUUUUUCUGCUCUGAACUUUCAAGAGAAAUGUGUCUGCAAACAGCAUUCCCUUAAGAACAGUAAAGUUUUCUGCACUAUGAAAUAUUCCUAUGCUCUAAAGGUAAAAGUGCUGGCAGCACAUGAUAAGGGCUCUCAUGCUGAGGUGGAUGCUAAAGUUCUGAAGGUGCUGUGGAGCAGCUCCCCCCACAGGCUCAUGGAAGGAACUGUCACUUUGUAUCCAGAGUCCUGGACAACCCGAGGCUGUACUUGCCCUGUACUGUAUCCUAGGAAAGAAUAUCUAGUUGUUGGGCACCACGAUUUGAGGAAAGGUCGACUUCUGGUCAACAUGAAGAGUUUAGUGAAGCCAUGGAGAGCCAAUCACAGCCGUCGUGUGCUACAGCUCUUUAAAACUAAAUGCACCUGAAUGAGAUAGGGAAUGCAUGAGAGAUAGGGUAAGAGAAUGAUGUGGUCAAAUUUAGCCAAAACCUUUGUGAAUUUACACACUGUAUUGUGCAAGCGUGUAUCACUGAAUGAAAGUGUGGCAGACGAGGUCGUUAUGAAUGUCUGUUGUACAGAAUGUAUAUUCAUUGAAUGUACAUAUUAUAAUGUAUAAAAUUUUGUAUCUUUUUGAGCUUGUACUGUACAUAACAUGGCAAACAUUUGUAUAUAAUGCCCUAAUGAAAAUAUGCUUAUUAAAUGCAAUAGAAACUGGCUUGCGACAGACAAAAAUGGGAAUUUGUUUCUUCUAGAACCCUACUUUGAAGAAAAUACCAACUUUGAUGAACGUUUUUGGACGCUAAUCUUCAAAUAAAUUACUACAGUCAUGUUUCUUUUCAAGUCCAUCUCUUGUG